AUGGCACCUUUUUCUAUCAAGCGUGCCAAAAAAGACCAACCUCAGGCUGGCCAACCCAAGAAGGCAGCACCCGCUAAACCCGAUCAACCUACAUACAAGAAGCGUGCGCAGCUCACCCAGAUGUUUCCUCCACGUCCUACAUUCACCGAGAAAGAUAUCACUUUCCAGAAAGGUCGGGUCUUCCUCGUCACCGGCGGCACCUCAGGCAUUGGUUUCGAGCUUGCCAAAAUCCUCUACGCUAGAGGUGGCACAGUAUACAUCACCGGGCGGACGGAGGAGAAGGCAAAGGAAGCAGUCCAGAAGAUCCAGGCUUCUGUUGGCGAACGCGACGGCCAGAUAGACUACAUCGUCCUUAAACUCGACGACCUAACCUCCAUCCGAGAAUCAGCCGACGCAUUCAUGGAGAAGGAAUCCAAGCUCGAUGUCCUCUGGAACAACGCUGGUAUUGCCCAGCCUCCUGUGGGCGUUCUGUCAAAGCAAGGAUCGGAACUUCAGCUAGCUACGAACUGUCUCGGCCCUUUUCUUUUUACGCAGAUGAUGCUCCCACUUCUUGAUGCCGCCGUUGCGCUGAACGGACCGGCUUACCCAGGCUCCGUGAGAGUAGUUUGGCUGAGUGAUCAGGUCGUUGAGCUCUCGUCCCCCAUCGAGGGUAUUGUCAUGCAGGAGCUGAAUAACCCUCCGCAAGACAACUCUCGCAAUUAUCUCAACUCCAAAACUGGCGCCUGGUUCUUAGGAAGCGAAUUUGCACGUCGAUACGGCCCUGAACACGGCAUUGUCAGUGUUGCAAUGAACCCUGGUGCUGCCCGCACCAACCUUCUGCGACACGCCGGAUGGACUAAGUUUCUCAGUUGGCCGUUGCUCCAUAGUCCGAAGCUAGCCGCUCUCACUGAGCUGUACGCCGGUUUAUCGCCGGAUAUCAACCUCGAGAACAACGGUUGUUAUGUGAUUCCAUGGGGCCGCAUUCAUACCACUGUCGCCCCCCAUCUGAUGAAUGCGCUGAGGUCCAAAGAAGCCGGUGGAACUGGAAGGGCGCAGCAGUUCUGGGAUUUUUGCGAUGACAAGACCAAGGAUUAUCAUUAA